AUCCACAGGUAAACACUCAACCAUCAUGAGCAAUUCAAUUGCGGAUGCAUUCAAGAAGUUGCAUGUGUCACCAGAUGCAUCGCCAUCUGAGCACGAACAAAUCUUCACAAUCUCGUAUGAAUAUUUAACCAAGGUCAAAAACUACCAGGAUUUAAAAGCAUUCAAGAAUUGUUUAGUGGCAUUAAUCAACUUGGACAAGUAUCAUAAAGCUUACGAGAUCAUCAAGCAUGUUUCUAAAGACCUAGUUGGCGCUACUAAAAUGGAAGUCGGAUAUGUCUAUUACAAAUUAGGCCAUGCUAAUGAAUUGUUUGAGUUGUACAAAGAUAACACUACUGAUUCCGAAGUUGAACAAAUUGGCUGGAAUCAUAUUCUUGCUCAAACUUAUUAUAAGGUGGGAAAGUACGAACAAGCUUACGAAUUAUAUGAAAAAUUGCUUGACCUGAACAAAUUUGAUAACCCUUUAGAUUUGAUAAUCAAUCAAGCAGCUGUGGUUUCUCAAGAAAAUAUCUUAGGGGCAGGCAGAUCGGUCAAUAUCGACAAAGAUGACAAUUAUGAUUUGUUGUUUAAUCAAGCCUUGGUUGAGUUGUCUAAUAAUAACUUGAGCAAGAGUUUGCAAUUGUUGGAUCAAGCUCAUAACUUGUGUUCUUCAAAUACUGAGUGGAGUAAGCAAGAUUUGUUGGGAGAAUUGUUGCCUAUUAAGUUAACCAUUGCUUAUGUGUAUCAACUAUUAGGUGACUCCGAAAAGAGUUUGACCAUAUUGGAUGAAAUUAACCAAGAUGUUGAUUUAGUGAAUGAUGCCAUGAUCAAACUCAUCAUCAAGAAUAACUUGUAUUCACUUAAGGAUGACUACAAGGUAGGUUUGGUUGAACGCUCCUUGGAUUAUCAACCACAUUUACAAAAAUUACAACAAAAGUUGACCAAAUGGCAAUAUCAAAUAGUUUUAAAGAAUAACAUAAUGUUGAAUUACACCAGUGGUACAUUGAGUAAAUCCCAAGUAGAUAAUUUAUUCAUUAAGAGAUACCUUGAAGAUUUUCCUGGUGAUUUCUUUCCAGUGGCUUAUAGAAUUUUACUCAAGUUGGACAUUAGCUUCAAGGACUUACAUUCAAGCGCCCAAUUGAAAUCAAUAGGUAAGAAACUUGUUAAAUAUAUCAAAGAUGCAGAAGCUCACUACAAGCAAGUUGCUGUGUUGCUCUUGGUUUAUGUUCAUGCCCGCACAUCCAAGUUUGAUCAACCAUUGCCAUUCUUGGAAGCAUUGGUGGACGACGAAUUGUCUGAAGAGAAACUCACACCAGGGGUGGUUGGUACCUUAAUAAAUGUGUAUGAAGAGACUCAUUCCACCAGCAAAUUAUCUCAGUUAUUGACUAAAUUGACGGAUAAGUUCAUUGCUACAUCCCAAGAAGUGUAUUCUGACAUGUUUUACUUUGACUGUGCUAAAUUCAUUGCAUUCAAGGCAUUAAACCAAGGACAGCAUGAACAAGCAAUGAAACUUUUCCAAUAUCUAAGUACUAUCGAUGGAAAUGAUCACUUAAUCGAAUCGAUAUUGUCCAACUCCAAUGUUGAUUUAUUACCAAUUACUGAAUUAUCAUCGAGUAAACCAAUUGAUGAGAUUUUAAAUGUUGAUAUAAACGAAUUAAUUCCAACCAAAAACCAAACCAAAACAAUCACAAAGACAGUUAAUAAGGUCACUAAGAAGAAGAAGGAGCCUAAAUUUGGUCCAAGUAAGGUAUUGAAGCCAGAAGGCGAGUUUACUGUGGAUGAGGAAAGAUGGUUACCUUUGAAAUUAAGAUCUUACUAUAAACCUACCAAAAAGGAUAAGAAGAGAAAUACAGGACAAGGAUCAGUGGAACAUUCGGUAUCACUGUCUACUCCCGCAGCAACCCAUUCUUCCAGUUCUAACAAGAAAAAGAAGAAGAAGGGAAAGAAGUAGCUAUAUCAAUAGAAUGUAAUGUUAGUUUAUAACGAUGAUUGUAUCAUGUAGUUU